AUGCGAUUGGGAGCGCCCUUCGAGUCACGUCGCAAGACAGCCGUUUCUCCCGCUCUUCCUCUGCCUGCGCCCACGACGACCCGCAUCCUGUUUCUUGAUGACCAUGGGAAUGCCAUGGGCUUCUUAUGCCACGGCCUUCCUGGUGGAGACGGACCCCUGGCGAAGGACCCCUUGCGAAGGACCCCUGGCGAAGGACCCCUGGCCAAGGACCCCCGGCCAAGGACCCCUGGCGAAGGACCCCUUGCGAAGGACCCCUGGCGAAGGACCCCUGGCGAAGGACCCCUGGCGAAGGACCCCUGGCGAAGGACCCCUGGCGAAGGACCCCUGGCGAAGGACCCCUGGCGAAGGACCCCUGGCGAAGGACCCCCGGCCAAGGACCCCCGGCGAAGGACCCCUGGCGAAGGACCCCCGGCCAAGGACCACUGGCGAAGGACCCCUGGCGAAGGACCCCUGGCGAAGGACCCCUGGCGAAGGACCCCUGGCGAAGGACCCCUGGCGAAGGACCCCUGGCGAAGGACCCCUGGCGAAGGACCCCGGCGAAGGACCACUGGCGAAGGACUCCCGGCCAAGGACCUCGGGCGAAGGACCCCGGGCGAAGGACCCCCGGCCAAGGACCACUGGCGAAGGACCCCUGGCGAAGGACCCCUGGUGAAGGACCCCUAG